AUGGCGGACAAGGUCAAGAUCGCGCUCAUUCAAAUGCACCCUAAGGUCGUCGCGCCAGAGGAGAACUUCACCAAGGCAGAGGCUUACAUCCGCACCGCCGUUUCUAAGGGCUGUUCGCUAGCCGUGCUGCCCGAGUACCAUCUAACAUCAUGGGUCCCCGACCACCCUCAGUUCGUAUCCGCCUGCGCGCAGUCCUGGACGUACCUUGAGCGGUAUCAGGCCCUAGCCAAGGAGCUAGGAGUGUCCAUCGUGCCGGGGACCAUUGUGGAGCCGGACGGCGAGGAGGGGACAGACGACCUGGACCUUUUGAACGUUGCAUAUUUCAUCGGUCCCGACGGCGCCGUGCUGGGGCGGUACCAGAAGAAGAACCUGUGGCACAACGAGAGGCCACACCUGACAAAGGGCCCCGAGCCGCACGGCGCCUUUGACACGCCGCUGGGGAGGGCGGGCAUGCUGGUGUGCUGGGACCUGGCGUUCCCCGAGGCGUUUAGGGAGCUCAUCCGCGACGGGGCGAGGAUUAUUGUCUGUCCCGCGUUUUGGCUCGCCGACGAGUACAAACGCGACAACGGGGCGGGGAACGGCGCGACCGAGGUGGUGAACCGCGACUCAGAGCGUGUUUUCUUGGAGAAUGUCAUGGUCACGAGGGCGUUUGAGAACACGGCGGCCGUGGUCCUCGUCAACGCGGGCGGGCCCGCGGGCGGAGGCGGGGUGGAGGUUCGGGAGGAGGGGGCGAGGGUCCGGUAUUGUGGUGUCAGUCAGGUUGCGAUGCCGCUUGUCGGCGCGCUCGGCAAGCUGGGUGCCGAAGAGGCGAUGGAGAUUGUCGAGGUCGACUUGGGGCUGUUGGAUGUUGCUGAGGAGGCGUAUAAGGUGAGGGAGGAUAUGAGGAAGGAAGGCUGGCAUUAUGGGUACUCAAUUGUGAAGGAAUAA